AUGAAUCAUUGUGACUGUAAUAUUUAUAAUACUACCGCUGCACCAGCAUCUCCCUUGGAGCGUGGCCCCGGCGAGACAAACAAUAGGGUGCUUGAUUCUGGUAAAAAUAACAUAGAAAAACAUGUUUCUUUCAAUACUUCUUCUUCUUUGGAGCCACCCUUGCCCAAAAUCCCAAGGCGUGUGUUGAUGCACACAUAUUUAUUCCAAAAAGAGAUCUGUUUAGAUGUUGGUGUGGAAAACCUUGCCUGGGGCAUAGUACACCCAACCAGCGCACUGCUUGAUUCAGGCGCUAACAGAAUCUUCAUAGACCAGGUCUGGGCAGAGCGGAUUGGACUCCCCCUUGUAAAAUUAGAUGUAUCUAUUCCCGUGUCUAUAACAUUGAUGUACCAAGGACACAGAGAACGAGUCACCGCUGAAGCUACCCAACUAGGGAAGAUUAAUUUAAUCUUGGGCUGGACUGUAAGAUUCCUAUACCCUAUACCGAGUUAA